AUGGAUCAACAAGCAAUGGAAGAGUUAUAUCUCAAGGAUAACAAAUUUUUCGGACAGCUCGUUGGUGUGUGGCCUGAUCAGGGAAAAUUCAUGAAAUUUCUCAUGCGUUUUAUAAUCCUUAUCGUAAUGAUUAUUGCCUUUAUAGCACAGAUAUCACGGGUAGCAGUGUUUUACAGCGUCGACGUCUUAUCAGAUCAAAUACCGUACAUUGAUUUGGGAUUUGCCCUUAUGCUCAAGCAAUACAAUUAUAUCUUGAAUGAGAAAAAGCUCAGAGAACUUCUACAUAACAUUAUAUCCGAUCGAUUGGUGAAACGAUCAAAGGAGGAAGAAGAAAUUUUCGAAAUAUAUUUUAAGAGAGCAAUGUUCUUCUGUUCCUUUUACGAAGUUAGCAUAUAUUCUUGUGGAUUUAUGUUCCUCUCCAUGCCAUCUAUACCACUAAUAAUGAAUGUCAUCAUGCCACUAAACGAGUCACGAAGUCGUGAACUCGUCUAUCCAUCCUAUUAUUUUGUGGAUGAACAGAAAUAUUAUUAUCUCAUAACAGGGCACAUGUUAGCAGUGUGUCUUGGACAUGUUUUUGUGUAUAUUGCUUGUGACAUAAAUUUGAUUCACGUUGUACAUCAUGGAUGUGCCUUGUUGACCAUCAGUGGGUAUCAUUUCAAACAUGCCAUGGAUAACGUUGAUCUUUGUAACGAAAAAUAUAGUGACGAGUUAAUGGAGAAAACUUAUGCAAAAGUAAGUCAAUCCAUUGAUGCUCACAAAAAGGCUGUUGAAUAUGUGAAUAAAAUCGAUGCUUGCCAUAUACAUUAUUUCUUCAUCCUUUUGGGAAUGAUAAUUGUGACAUUCACAGGAACAUUCAUAAAGUUGACAUCGAUGGAAAUAGGAGGCAGAUUCUUCACUUUUUGUACAUUCACUAUUGGUCAACUAACUCACUUGCUUUUUUUAAUGGUCAUGGGACAAUUUUUGAUAGAUUCAAAUGAAGAAGUCUUUAAAACAAUAUACGAUGCUCGUUGGUAUUAUGGAUCAUCGAAAACGCAAUCGUUAUAUUUAUUAGUACUGCGAAAAUGUUUGAAUCCGCCGAAAUUAACAGGAGGAGGAUUGAUCGCUUUGAAUCUAGACAGUUUUGUAAAGGUUUUAAAAACGUCUUUCUCAUAUUACACAGUUUUUCGAUCUUCAUAA